AUGAACGCAUGCGACAGAACCAAUAGCAGGGAAACCAUCGAAUUGAGUUUGUUGCGUCCUCCAAACAAGAAGUCAAGAAUUCAAGCUUCAGAAAGGUAUCUUGACUCAUCGGAGAAGCCAAAAAUCCCCGUGCUUCGAGAUGAAAAUGGCCGGGACCUAUUGAGCGACGAAUCCGAGACUGGAGACAGCAUUUCAGUCAAUAAGCAAUGGUCGAGUGAUACCCUACGCAGGUUGGAUCAUUACAGUUAUGAUUCAGCCAGCGUCCUUCUUUCCAGUCCGAUCCGGAACUGGAGCGCUUUCAUCCGCAAGAUCCAACCCAACAAAAGCAGUAUGUCAAGAGGUAAAUGGAAUCUGACGUCAAAAACCGAACUCAUCGAGUACGAAGAAAUUCGACGAGGUCUCUCGCCCGGUUUUCCAUCGCGAUUUUAUGGCCCCAAACUGGCAAAAGAGAAGCUCCUUGGCCCAGAGAACUAUAAGGAUUGGGCGGCGACAAUGGAGAAGAAGCUCAGGCAGUGCGGCGAAAUAUGGGGGCUCGAAUCCGAUAUUGUGCUUGCUUUAGUGUACGGUGACUUCAACAGGCAAUGGCCGCAUAUCAACUCAAAUGUCUGGAUGAUGAUUUUCAGCAAUGUGUCAGAGUCACUAAGAAAUCAUCUGAGCGCGUUGGGAACUAUGGAUGCCCGAAAAGCAUGGCAAUUUUUAGAGAAGAGGUGUGGAGGAAAUGUGCCUUUGAUAGUACGCUCUGUUGAUGGUGUGCGCGAUAUCAUGAGUAUCAGGUAUGAGGAGUGCAAGUCCCUCAGAGAAUAUCUAGACAAGAUGCUGCUGUGUGCCCGUGCAAUUGAAUGCAAACCCUGCGGCGAGAAAGAAAGGUCUCGAUACUGCCGGCAUUGCGGAGGGAAAGACGGCCACGGAGGAAAACGCUGUCACGGGGGUAAUGAAUGGCUGUGGUGUCAGUUUAUACUGGUCAAUCUAGGCCCGGAAUGGCAACCGUGGGUUUCUGCAUUGGCAGAGAAGUGCAAAAUUGGAGAGCAAAUGGUUGGUGCGAUCAGUAGCUUCAAGAGACUCUUUCCGAUCAUUGAAGCGGAGGAUGCACGUCGUAUACAAGCUUCUCGUUACACGAAGCGUCGCGAGGAAUAA